GACAAAAGCGGUCGCUGUAUGAGCUCGGUGCCGAGACAGGUGCAAGCCCAGCAGGGCAGGAUCCUCCGUGUUACCGAGCCAAUCUCCUGGGGAAAUGGGGUGGGCUGUGUUUCCUUGACGGAUUUUUGUGAUCCCUCACCCUCUCCACGGCGGAGCGAAGACAAUGGCACCUCUUCAGGGCUCCCGGGCCCCGAUGGAAUUCGGAGGACCCCUGGGCGCUGCGGCUCUGAUGCUGCUGCUCCCUGCCACCAUGUUCCACCUGCUACUGGUAGCCCGCUCGGGCUCGGCGCGCCUCCUGGGCCCACCCCCCUACCUGCCGGGACUCGAGGCGCUGUGGAGCCCGUGGGCGCUGUUGCUGUGUCUUACCUGGCUCGGCCUGCAGGCGGCGCUCUACCUUUUGCCGGCGCGCAAGGUGGCCGAGGGGCAAGAAUUGAAGGACAAGAGUCGACUGCGCUACCCCAUUAACGGUUUCCAGGCCUUGGUGCUGACAGCCUUGUUGCUCGGCCUGGGGAUGUCAGCCGGGCUGCCCCUGGGAGCGCUCUCAGAAAUGCUCCUGCCCUUGGCAUUUGCGGCCACCCUCAUCGCCUUCAUCUUCAGCCUCCUUCUCUAUCUGAAGUCUCUGGUAGUCCCUGCUUUUGCCCUGGCACCAGGGGGAAACUCAGGAAAUCCCAUCUACGACUUUUUCCUGGGACGGGAGCUCAACCCACGCAUCUGUUCCUUUGACUUCAAAUACUUCUGCGAACUGCGGCCCGGCCUCAUCGGCUGGGUCCUCAUCAACUUGGCCUUGAUGAUGCAGGAAGUGGAACUUCGGGGGAGUCCUUCGCUGGCCAUGUGGCUGGUCAAUGGCUUCCAGCUACUAUAUGUGGGUGAUGCCCUUUGGCAUGAGGAGGCUGUCCUCACCACCAUGGACAUCAUACACGACGGGUUUGGCUUCAUGCUGGCCUUUGGGGACCUGGCCUGGGUACCCUUCACCUACAGCCUGCAGGCCCAGUUCCUGCUGUACCACCCACAGCCGCUCGGGUUGCCCAUGGCCUCAGUCAUCUGCCUCAUCAAUGCUGUUGGUUACUACAUAUUCCGUGGAGCCAAUUCCCAGAAAAACACCUUCCGAAAGAAUCCUUCUGAUCCCAGAGUGGCUGACCUUGAGACCAUCUCUACAGCCACAGGGCGACAGCUGCUGGUGUCCGGGUGGUGGGGUAUGGUCCGUCAUCCCAACUACCUUGGAGACCUCAUCAUGGCUCUGGCCUGGUCCUUGCCCUGCGGGGUGUCCCACUUGUUGCCCUACUUCUACCUCCUCUACUUCACUGCGCUGCUGGUGCACCGUGAGGCCCGAGAUGAACAGCAGUGUCUGCAGAAGUACGGCCUGGCCUGGCACGAAUAUUGCCGGCGUGUGCCUUACCGAAUUAUGCCCUACAUCUACUGAAGCUGCUCCAUGAAGCCCAGGUCGGGGCACGCACCCACCAGUCGGCCAGCACACCCAGCAUCAAGAGCCUGGACACACCCGGGGCUCAAGGGCCUAUACCCUAUCCUGCCCCGAGCUCCAACAGGCAGGGAUGAGCAGCCUCAGGCAGUGGUUGGAACAAGGGGAAAAUGAAGCCUGUGCCUCAAAAUGGAGUGGAGGGGCUGCUCUUUCUCUUUGGAUAAAUGUCUGGAACCCUU